AGCAGCCGAGGGUUUCAGAUGUCCCACCGCCGUUUGACCCCCUCCCCCCUGCUUCUCCACCCCUGCAAAUGAGGUUUGACCAGCAGAGGCAGAGCCCACCUCUGGCUUGGAAUCACUGACAUUUAGACUCCAGACUUCAACCUGUUUACAAGCGCGCUUCCCAAAGGAACGGGGGUGGGGGAGAAGGCCAAACAAAACACCAGCCGCCAAACUGAGAAGUGACUUUCUGGAGGAUUCAAAUCAACAGGCACCACCAAAAAGAGAAAGGAAGAGGGGAAGAAAACAAACAGCGACUGGGCAGCUGCCUCCAGUUCUGACAACUCCAAAGGGCCACACUUUUAGAAGUGGCCGGAGGGCUGGGGCUCUGCGGAGAGGGACCAGAAGGUGCCAGCCGCAGAGGGGAGCAGAUAUCUCCUCCGUUUUCCCUACCCCAACCCACUCCCCUUGGGUUUUGUUCACCGUGCUGUCAUCUGUUUUUCAGACCUUUUUUUGCAUCUAACAUGGUGAAGAAAGGAGUGAAGAAGAGAACAAAGUAACUCCCAGGGGACCCAAGAGUGCUGGUGAUCAACGCACCGCCGCCACCAGCUCCUGCGGCCACCCACGUCCACAAUUCACCGGGAGGCUGCAGAGGCGCAGGCAGCGGGUCCCGAGCGCAGCAAGGAGUGGCAGCGGCCCUUCCGAGGAGUUAUGGGUGUUGGCGCCUUCACUUCUGGCCAGACCCGCGCCCAGAGGGAGCUAACCAGCAGCCACCACCUCCGGCCGUCUCCUUGCGGUGCACCAGGUCUCACCCUUCCAGUAUGUUCCUUCUGAUGAGACAAUUUCCAGUGCCGAGAGUUUCAGUACAAUGUGGAAAUGGAUACUGACACAUUGUGCCUCAGCCUUUCCCCACCUGCCUGGCUGCGGUUGCUGCUUCUUGUUGCUGUUCUUGGUGUCUUCCGUCCCUGUCACCUGCCAAGCUCUUGGUCAGGACAUGGUGUCACCGGAGGCCACCAACUCUUCCUCCUCCUCCUCCUCCUCUUCCUCCUCCUCUUCCUCUUCCUCCUCCUUCUCCUCUCCUUCCAGUGCGGGGAGGCAUGUGCGGAGCUACAAUCACCUCCAAGGAGAUGUGCGCUGGAGAAAGCUCUUCUCUUUCACCAAGUACUUUCUCAAGAUUGAGAAGAACGGGAAGGUUAGCGGUACGAAGAAGGAAAACUGCCCGUACAGUAUCCUGGAGAUAACAUCAGUGGAGAUUGGAGUUGUUGCUGUCAAAGCCAUUAACAGCAACUAUUACUUAGCCAUGAACAAGAAGGGGAAACUCUAUGGCUCAAAAGAAUUUAACAACGACUGUAAGCUGAAGGAAAGGAUAGAGGAAAAUGGAUACAAUACCUACGCAUCCUUUAACUGGCAGCACAAUGGCAGGCAGAUGUAUGUCGCACUGAAUGGUAAAGGAGCUCCCAGGAGAGGACAGAAGACACGAAGGAAAAACACCUCAGCUCACUUUCUUCCAAUGGUGGUGCACUCGUAGAAGACAGCAUAUUCACGGGUGCAGUAGAACCAAAGGCUCUCUGAUCAGGCCUAGUGAUAUUCUUCAUGAAGACAGUAGCUCAAAAGGCAAAGACACAUUGCAGAUGUCUGCUUGCUUAAAAGGAAGCCUGUGGAGGUUUUUGUACUCAAUGUUGACAUAUGAUGUUCUUUUCACUAGCUCUGUGUCGUGCAUUAUAAACAAGAUAUAGGCAGAUCAAAUGGGAUGGAAGUUAUUCCCAAGAGAACAACAUUGUGGCUGGGCUCUUUGGUUAAGUUUUUGUUUUUGAACCUCUGAGAUAGAACUCAAAGGACAUGGAACAAUCUGUUGAAUGAUCUUUGGGAAAGUUAUUUAUGGAACAUGAACUCAUAUCAAAGACUUUCAUUGCUCAUUCAAGCCUAAUGAUUCAAUGAGCAGUAAGACACGCAAGCAUUUACUGGAAAGCACUUGGGGCAGAUCAUAUGUGCAACCAAAGGAGCUUUGGGUGUGGCACAUGGAAGAAUUGGAUAGGAUUAAAAAAUAUAAACAUGUUAGUGUGAAACUGUUCUAACAAUACAAAUAGUAUGAUAUGCUUGUGCAUUCUGCCUUCAUCCUUUUCUAUUUCUUUCUAAGUUAUUUAUUUAAUAGGAUGUUAAAUAUCUUUUGGGGUUUUAAAGAGUAUCGUCAGCAGCUGCCCUCUGAUUACAUUCUCUUUUUCUUGAGCACACCACAUGCAUGUCUAUGACCAAGUAUCUUUAAAAGUUGGCAAACACUUCAAAAUUAGGAGAUGGGAUUGGGGAAGCAAUAUGAGUGCCCCUUGUGCUAUCAGCUGAUUUAUUUGCACUUCUGCAGUGAGAACUAUCCGUAAUAAAUAAGGCAGUGAGUGGUCUGCCAUGGCUUGAGUGAAAGAUUUCUGCCAUCAUUUUAAAACAUAUAUUACUCCUGAGGCUUCCUUUCCUAUAAAAUAGACCAGAAAGCCAAAUUCUUCUCUUUGAAUAUGUUAAUUCAUUUCCAAGAAUAUACUAAAAGAGGGAAAAUUAAUUGUUAAGUACAUUUUAGUAGCCUAGCCUCAUUAUUUAUUAAUCAUUUCUUGCCCUAUGUCACAGUGGUUGAAUGAUGAGAAGGCUGUCUGCAUACAGUAUAAGAAUCCUUUGUAAGUCCCAUAAAGCAUCUCCUGUAAAGGAAUCAUCACUGUAUUUGAUAUGAAGUGCAACUCUCCCAGGGGCUUAGACUGAGCAAAUAUAUCCUCGUAUAUGUGUGACCAUAUAAUGAGACCUGUUCAAGCUGUAUGAUCUAGUCUUUACAAAACCAAAUAAAUCUUAUUUUCUGUAAAUUUAAAGAGCUUUAGAAUGUUCCAUAAUGUAAUCAUUUCAAAAUUCAUUUUGUUAGAGCAAGUAGAGAAAACAGUGCAUAAGAACAUGUUUACGAGUC